GAAAAAUAUAAAUAAGGUGCAACACUGAAAUGUGGCUUGACUCACCUUCAUACAAUAAUAAAUGCCAAGUAUUUUAAUUUAUUAUUCCAUUCAAAAAUUGGCAGAGUGAUUUGUGGGAUGUUUUUAGCAUUUUAUAUGUGUAUAAAAAAAUAAUAUAUAGUAUAUAUUUUUUAUUUAAAAAUACGAGAAAAAGGUCAUUAGGAAACAACUGCAGUACAUUAAGUGCGCAAUAAACGUCACUUCUCAACUUCUGGACGGUGCGUCACCAGAGGAAAAGUAGACUAUAAGUAGACUAGACUCCCUUCUGUUAACCGGCGACAUACACAAAACUAGCUGAAAAUAUCGAUUUCACGUGAUUAUCUAAACAUAUUAUUUUAAAUAUCCAUCAUGACAUCGUAUAGCACUACGAAUUAUCCUAAAAAUUACCAUGCCAGUGGCAUUGGUCUUGUUAAUUUAGCAGCUUUGGGUUAUAACAGCAAUGAACAACAAGAUAGUAAACCUGCUACUGGCUUAUAUCCAGCGUUACCGUAUCCAACAGCACCAUUAGCAAGUUAUUCUUACUCACCAAAUGCUCCGGCUCCACCAUUACCGAAUGCACCAUAUCCAUCAGCGAUGCCUUAUCCAUCAGCAACACCAUAUCCAUCUGCAUCACCAUAUCCAGCUGCUUCACCAUAUCCAUCAGCCACACCUUAUCCAGCUUAUGGUGGUGGUAUGCCACAGCCUGGUGGUUAUGGUGGUGCGCCUGCACUACCAUAUCCUUCAGGUGCAUAUGCCGGUAUGCCUUCACCAUACGGUGCAGCUCCACAAAAAGCUUAUAAUAAUAUCUAUCCGACAUUACCGACAAUGCCAACUUUACCUCAAACACCUGGAGUAAAUGUGCCCUCGACUGCAGAGGAACCUUCGGUUGGUGUACCAGAAAUACCAUUUUCUUCUGUCAAAGUGCCAGAAAAUGAAAAUAUGUUUUGGUUAGGCAGAAAAGCAACGGUACAGCGCCAACAUUCUGUGCAUCAAGAUUUUGAAAGUAUACGCAAUGAUUGCCUCUCAAAUGGCACACUGUUUGAAGAUCCAGUAUUUCCUGCAACUAAUGAAUCACUUAUGUUUUCACGCCGACCAGAUCGUUAUGUGGAGUGGUUGCGCCCCUCUGACAUUGUGGAUGAUCCACAAUUCUUUGUAGAAGGUUAUUCUCGCUUCGAUGUACAGCAAGGUGAAUUGGGCGAUUGUUGGUUGUUGGCUGCUGCAGCUAAUUUAACUCAAGAUUCAAACCUAUUCUUCCGUGUCGUACCGCCGGACAACAGUUUUGAAGAUAAUUAUGCUGGUAUAUUUCAUUUUAGUUUCUGGCAAUAUGGUAAAUGGAUUGACGUUGUUAUCGAUGACAGAUUGCCAACUUAUCGCGGCGAACUACUUUAUAUGCAUUCUACUGAGAAAAAUGAAUUUUGGAGUGCUUUAUUAGAAAAAGCUUACGCCAAAUUGCAUGGUUCAUAUGAAGCAUUAAAAGGUGGUACUACAUGUGAAGCUAUGGAAGAUUUUACUGGUGGCGUUACGGAAUGGUAUGAUCUUAAAGAAGCACCACCAAAUCUAUUUAAUAUUUUGGAAAAAGCAGCUGAACGUGGUUCCAUGAUGGGUUGUUCUUUAGAACCUGAUCCAAAUGUAUUUGAAGCGGAAACACGCGAAGGAUUGAUACGUGGUCAUGCUUAUUCUAUAACAAAAGUGUGUUUGAUUGAUAUUAGAACACCAAAUCGUAAUGGCAAAAUACCAAUGGUGCGUAUGCGAAAUCCAUGGGGUAACGAAGCUGAAUGGAACGGGCCAUGGAGUGAUGAAUCUCCCGAAUGGCGUUAUAUACCUGAUGAACAGAAAGAGGAAAUCGGUUUAAAUUUCGAUAAAGAUGGUGAAUUCUGGAUGUCAUUCCAAGACUUUUUAAAUCACUUUGAUCGUGUUGAAAUUUGUAACUUAUCACCUGAUUCACUUACUGAGGAUCAGCAGCAAAGUAACAAACGUAAAUGGGAAAUGUCUAUGUUUGAAGGUGAAUGGACACCGGGUGCAACUGCUGGUGGUUGUCGUAACUUUUUGGAGACAUUCUGGCAUAAUCCACAGUAUAUCAUAGAACUCGUCGAUCCCGAUGAGGAUGAUAACGAUGGCAAAUGUACUGUUAUUGUAGCCCUGAUGCAGAAAAAUCGUCGUUCCAAACGAAACAAAGGUUUAGAAUGCUUAACAAUUGGAUUUGCAAUUUACCACUUAACAGAUCGUGACUUAGAAUCACGUCCACAAGGUAUCACGUUCUUCAAAUAUCGUGCAUCAGUGGCACGUUCACCACAUUUUAUUAAUACACGUGAAGUUUGUGCACGUUUUAAACUGCCACCAGGCCACUAUUUAAUUGUACCUUCAACUUUUGAUCCAAACGAAGAAGGUGAAUUCAUAAUUCGAGUAUUCUCUGAGGCUGCAAGCAACAUGGUUGAAAAUGACGACAGCGUGGGCUAUGGCGAAGUUGAUGAUAGAGUCGCACCUAGUGCACCUGAACCAGAUCAUGAAGAUCCACAACGUGAGAAGUUACGUAAAUUAUUUGAAAGUAUUGCUGGUGAUGAUGACGAAGUUGAUUGGAUGGAAUUAAAACGUAUUUUGGAUCACUCGCUGAGAGAUGUUAUGAUGGAUAGUAGUGGUUUCUCUAAAGAUAUAUGCCGUUCAAUGGUUGCAAUGAUGGAUAAAUCACAAUCAGGCAAAUUAAGCUUUGAUGAAUUUGAAGCCUUACUGACAGAUAUAGCUAAAUGGAAAGCCGUCUUUAAAUUAUAUGAUUACCAACAUACUGGCGCUAUUGAAGGUUUCCAUUUGCGCACAGCACUCAAGUCAGCAGGUUACCAUCUAAACAAUCGUAUAUUAAACGCACUGGCACAUCGAUAUGGGUCAGAAGAGGGUAAAAUAACAUUUGAUGAUUUCCUUAUGUGUGCAAUUAAAGUUAAAACGUAUAUUGAAAUAUUCAAAGAGAGAAAUGGAGGGGACACUGGUUCGGCAGCAUUUAGCAUGGAUGAUUGGUUAGACAAAACGAUAAUCUCAUAAAGGAAAACGUAGUAGUUAUUAUAGAUUACUUUUUUAAAUAUAAAUUUUUAAUAUAACGUUGAUGCUUAAAUUUUUUUAUAUAAUAAAU